AUGCUUGCUUCAUUAAGUUUUAUUCUAUGUCAUAUGUUUAAAGAAGAUUUUGAAACAAUGAACCAUGAUAUCGGUCGACCAAUUUCUCGUCAAGCAUUUGGACGAACAGCAUUUCUUGGCUCAUUCUACGACGCAACAACUGAUGAAUUUUGUGAAAGUUCUAUUGUUAAUGAUGAGAUUCCAACAGUUACUAUUCGUCAUUUGAAUGAAAAUCAUGACCCUUCUUCAUUUAAAUUUGACAUAUCUGUAUAA